AUGUGGAAGAAUGUGCAUUGCAUUAUUCACCAACAAAACUUGUGCUCUAAGUCCAGUCGAUUGAAGAAUGUUAUUGAUGUGGUAGUAAAUACUGUUAAUUUCAUUAGAUCCCGAGGUCUUAACAAUCGCCAGUUUAAAGCAUUUUUGGAUGAACUUUCUUUAGAACACGAUGAUGUGACAUAUUAUUGCGAAAUAAGGUGGCUAAGCAAAGGUAAAAUGCUAAAAAGAUUUUUUGACCUUAGAAAAGAAAUAGCUGAUUUUAUAGAAAUGAAAGAGAAAGCAUUGCCGCAAAUUUGUGAUCCAACUUGCCUUUGUGACUUGGCAUUCCUGGUAGACAUCACAAAACACUUAAACGACCUGAACCUAAAUCUUCAAAAACAAGGGCAAUUGGUAAAUCAGCUGUACAAUCAUGUUAUAUCUUUUCAAAACAAUAUUCGCUUGUGGGAAACACAAAUGAGAAGUAAACACUGUUUUCAUUUUUCAAUGUUAUCCUGUCACGAAAACAUUGAAUCCUAUCGUUAUGCUGAAGAAUUGAAACUACUGUCCGAGCAAUUUACUGAUCGAUUUUCCUAUUUUAAGAAUAUGGAAGCACUUUCAAUAUUUUUGCAAAUUCUUGUAAGUGUAAUGUGGAAGAUGCCCCGCUUCACCUACAAAUGGAAUUGA